AUGACGAUGGCUGGCCGUGUGCUGCUGGUGUGUGCCCUCUGCGUGCUGUGGUGCGUUGCCGGCGGUGUUUAUGCGAGGGACGUUGACAUCAACGCACUGGGUGGCUGCGUGGCGUCGGGUGUGUUGGGUGAGAAUGGAUCCCACAUGCCUGACGGAUGUAAUAAAACUACGAUUACGAUGCCUUUGCGGUCAGUACUGCCCAUUACUGCCGUCGAAGCCUCGACUGAAAAAGAUAAUGCUGUUGCAAAACAGAACGAUUCGAAUUCAAUUGGGACUUCCAACAUUGGUGCUUCUCCUGGUGGUGGUUCCGGCGAUGGAGACAGUUCUGGCUCUGCUGGUGCUGUUCCAGGGGCUCCUGGUGGUACAGGGGCUUCUGGAGAGGGAGGUUCUGCUGGUGGUGGUGGGAGCGGUGGUGGUUCUACUGGAGAUCAUGGCACCGGUGGCGUUUCUUCUGGUCCUUCUGUUUCCGCUGCUCCUUCUGCUGUUUCUCCUGCUGCUCCCGCUCCUCCUCCUGUUUCUCCUUCAGGUCCUCCUGCUCCUGCUGUUUAUUCUUCAGCUGCUCCUGGUGUUAAUUCUUCAACUGGCCGAAGUGGUGGGACAGCGGGCUCCUCAGGCAGUAAUUCAUCUAACACAACAGGGGAAUCUUCAACAGGAGAUCAGACGCCUGCAGCAGCGGCUCACAUCUCCUCGCCACCCGAAAGACCGGAAGGAACGACAUCCGGCACUGGACACAAAGGACAGGAAAAAGAAGAGGAAGAAGAAGAAGAAAAGCGGCAGCAAAGUGAUGAAGCACAAGUCCAACAACAUCAACAGCAUGAACACCCCGCGGAAAGUGGCGAAGAAUCCGCGAAAGAUAAAAACGCCCUUCGUACAAAUGCCACCGCAAAUACAGGCGACAGUGACAGCAGCACCGCGGUCUCCCACACCACCUCCCCUCUUUUGCUUCUUCUUGUUCUUCUUGCGUGUGCGGCUGCUGCUGCGGUGGUGGCCGCGUGA